GUCUGUGCUGUGGAUCAGUCACGAGUUCUAUAGCGCUGUCUGUCCACUUCUGCUGCUGCUCUCACCGCAAUUCUGGACCAAUUAAAGCACACUAACUAGGGAGGAAUAGAGUCUUUAGUUCAGAUCUAAAACGGAACAGCGUGAGGACUGUGACUGAUCAAAUAGCGGGAGGAUGUGGCGACUGAAGGCGACUUUGAGCGGCUCUCUGCUCGGCCUCACGCUGCUGCUGCUGCCCGCUCAACUCUGCGAGUCACACCGAUUUCUUUCACAGAACAAAGCCUCUCAGUUCCUCGCACGACACAGACGCGCAAACACUCUGUUUGAGGAGAGCAAGAAAGGAAACUUGGAGCGCGAAUGCAUCGAGGAGUUGUGUAAUAAAGAAGAGGCGCGAGAGAUCUUUGAGAAUAACCCUGAGACAGAGUAUUUCUAUCCCAAGUAUGUUGUGUGUCUGGGGUCUCACCGCGUUGGGAUCAAUAAUCCGAACUCAGAGGCUGGAAUCCCUCAGAACCUGCGGACCUGCGUGCAAGAAAUCAGUAACCAGUGCUUACCGCUGCCAUGUUAUAAGGAGGGAUACGAGCGCUGUGUGGACGGUCAGGGCUCGUUCACCUGCGUGUGUAAACCCGGAUGGAAGGGCCCACGCUGUGAACAGGACAUUAACGAGUGUGAUGACCCAGAAUUCCCAGCGGGCUGCAGCCAAGCGUGUUUUAACUUCCCCGGGAGUUUCACCUGCAGCUGUGAGCGAGGCUUCUACACACACGACAACAUACACUGCAUAGAUAUCAAUGAGUGCAUCCUGUAUCCCAGUGUUUGUGUGGAGCCUUCUAAAUGUGUGAAUCUUCCGGGUGCAUUUGAGUGCCGAUGUCCGAUAGGAUACAAAUACAACACAACCACACGAAAGUGUCUGGAUCUGAAUGAGUGUGAGCAGGCUGUGUGUGAUGGCGAGUGUGUGAAUACGAUUGGCAGUUUUUCGUGUCACUGUGACGGGCGUGAGGGUGUGAAGCUGGCAGAGGACAGGCGGAUCUGCGAGAAGAUUCCACAGUGUUUGACUCUGGCUGACAAUAAACACAGCGAGAUGUUGUAUCUGGGAGAACAGUUCAGCGGGUUACCUGUGAUAUACCUGCAAUUCCGCCUGCAGGCCGAUUCCAAGUUUGCGGCUGAAUUUGAUUUCCGCACAUUUGAUCCAGAAGGUGUGAUUCUGUACGCCGAGUCGUCGCCGGACUCAUGGUUUAUGUUGGGUAUACGUGGCGGCCUUAUAGAGGUCCAGUUUAACAAUGAACAUUCGUUCAAAACGACCAGUGGAGGCAAAGCUAUUAAUGAUGGACAAUGGCACGUGAUCUCAGUCGAAGAGCUGCCAGGCAGCAUCAGUGUGAAAAUCAGUAAAGAGGCCAUUAUGAGCAUUAACAGUCCUGAACAACUCUUCACUCCCGUUAAUGACAAAAUGGAAAUUAAAGUUUACAUCGCUGGCCUGCCUUAUCGCAAUAAGAACCUCGUCAAACCGAUCAACCCAAGAUUAGACGGCUGUAUCCGUGGCUGGAAUCUCAUGAAUCAGGGUGCGUCUGGAGUGAAGGAGGUCAUUCAGGAGAAGCAGAAUAAACACUGUUAUGUGCAUGUGGAGAAGGGCACGUUCUUCACCGCUGGAGGAUUCGCACAAUUCAACAUUGACUACAGAAGAACUGGUCAGUGGCGGGUGGAUGUUGUGAUGAGUAUACGUCCUUCAAGUAGUUCCGGUGUAUUGUUUGCCCUAGUUAGCAACAACACUGUGCCUCUUUCUGUUUCCGUGGUAACAAAAGGACCAGAUGAUGCAGAGCUGCAGGUGUUUUUGGACAGCGUAUCUGUGGUCACUCUUCAGUCUCUGAUGCUCUGUUAUCCUGAUCGUUUCGUUGUGGAGAUGAGCAUAUCAGCUGAUCAUCUUCACAUCACCGCAAACGAAUCGUCAGUGUCCUACAGUGAUUCUGAGAUCCUGAGCGCAGCUUUAUCUAAUCUCAACAACACCAUGCAGAGUCACAUCAACACUUACAUCGGAGGACUGCCAGAUCUUCCACUGUCUAAAACACCGAUCUCAGCGUACUAUGGCGGCUGUAUGGAGAUCAGUGUGAACGGACAGCCGCUGGACUUUGAUGAGGCUGUUAUCAAAGACAACAGCAUCAAAUCUCACUCCUGCCCCCCUGUGUUUGCCCCCGAACCCCACCCACACUAGACAGGAAGUGACAUCACAGACAAUCGCAGGGAUACAUGACACGGCAUGCAUUGUCUUCAUUUGCCUGAUUUUACCUUCUGUGAACACAAAUAAUCAUCUGGUUAAGGUGUGGAGUUGUCUUUUAUUGCCCAAACUAGUGCAUUGUCUGCUGGAUAACGAGGGAUUCUGGACUCAACUCUGGCGAUAGAUUGUGUUUUUUGUUGUCUCACUCUUUUAAAUGAAUGUUUUUUAAUGCAUUCAUUUGUUAAUACACUACUUGUGUUCUUUGAUGACUAACCAGUGAAAGUAAGAAGAGAUUUAAGAACUUUAAACUAAAGCUUGUCAGCCUUGAAUAUUUUGCCUUUAUUUAAAAGUGGCAAAGAAACUGUGUAGAGCUGAGCUGUGAUGGGUUAAAAAUAUUCAGCCUGAUUUGAUAUGAACAAGACGGAUUCAACUGGAUUUCUUAGACUAGGAUGAGAUGGUUGCAGUAUUUUUAUUACUAACGUCCCUGUUUUUCUGUCUAUAAACAAAACAGUUUGCCCUUUUUUGUUUUCAAGUGUUUUGUUCGUACAAAUUGGUAAAUGGAUAAACUUACUGUAUUUUUUUUUUUAGAGCAGUCAAUAUUAUCUUGUGUAUAACAAACUCAUUUGAAUGUAAAUAUGCUUAGGGGCACUAGUAUUGCUUUAAUUGUUUUAAUAAAACAAAUUAAAUGCUG